AUGGUUUUCUCAGUUUCGAUAUUUGUCUCUCUCGCACCAUACAUAGCCUCAGCAUUACUUCUCUUCCUUCUCCUCGAGCAACUCUCUUACCUCCGCAAGAAACGUAACCUCCCUGGCCCUCUCUUCGUCCCUCCGGUCAUCGGCAACGCCGUUGCACUCGUCCGUGAUCCCACUUCCUUCUGGGACAAGCAAUCCGCGGCUGCGGGAAUCUCCGGUGGCCUCUCCGCUAACUAUCUCAUCGGGAAAUUCAUCGUCUACAUCAGAGACACUGAGCUUUCACAUCAAAUCUUCUCCAACGUUCGUCCCGACGCUUUCCACCUCGUCGGACAUCCUUUCGGCAAGAAGCUCUUCGGUGAUCACAACCUCAUCUACAUGUUCGGCGAAGAUCAUAAAUCCGUUCGCCGUCAACUUGCUCCUAAUUUCACCCCCAAAGCACUCUCCACCUACACUGCUCUCCAGCAACUAGUUAUCCUCCGUCAUCUACGGAAGUGGGAGGAAACUUUCUCCGGCGGAUCUCGUCCCGUGUCGCUGCGGCAUCUCGUCCGUGAACUCAACCUCGAGACUUCUCAGACGGUUUUCGUGGGACCGUACCUUGACAAAGAAGCCAGAAACGGAUUCCGUACGGAUUACAAUCUGUUCAAUCUCGGAUCCAUGGCGCUCCCGAUCGACCUCCCGGGGUUCGCGUUCGGCGAGGCUCGCCGGGCGGUGAAGAGGCUGGCGAAAACGCUCGCCGUCUGCGCGGGAAAAUCGAAAGCGAGGAUGGCUGCAGGGGAAGAGCCGACGUGUCUAAUCGAUUUCUGGAUGCAGCCGAUCGUCGCGGAGAUCGAAUCCGGUAAUCCGCCGCCGCCGCACUCCGGCGACGAAGAGAUCGGCGGUUUCCUCUUCGAUUUUCUCUUCGCCGCGCAGGACGCGUCCACGUCAUCGCUUCUCUGGGCGGUGACGCUGCUUGACUCGGAGCCGGAGGUUCUGAGCAGGGUGAGGGAGGAAGUCGGGAGGAUAUGGUCGCCUGAGUCCGACGCGCUGAUCACCGUCGACCAGCUUGCGGAGAUGAAGUACACGCUCUCCGUGGCGCGUGAGGUCGUGAGAUUUCGGCCACCGGCAACAAUGGUCCCACACGUCGCUGCUGUAGAUUUCCCUCUCACGGAAUCGUACACUAUCCCAAAAGGUACAAUUGUGUUUCCCUCGGUUUUCGACUCCUCUUUUCAAGGGUUUACUGAACCAAACCGGUUCGAUCCGGAUCGGUUUAGCCAGACCAGGAAAGAGGAUCAGGUGUUUAAACGCAACUUCCUGGCUUUUGGAUGGGGCCCGCACCAGUGCGUUGGUCAGCGUUAUGCGCUGAACCACCUCGUACUCUUCAUCGCAAUAUUCUCAACGCUGUUGGAUUUCAAGAGGCUUCCAUCGGACGGCCGCGAUGAGAUCGUGUACUGCCCCACGAUAUCGCCUAAGGACGGGUGCACGGUGCUCUUAUCUAAGCGCGUCGCAGCAUAUCCCGAUUAUUGA